AUGUCGAACGAGGAAGAGCAGCGUGUCCCGGGGACGAGUGAGGAGGAGCCUUUGCUUGGUGGGAGAGGAGAUGCGAGUUUGCCGGAGGGCAAGCCGCUGUACUACAACUUCAUUUUGGGCACUGGUGUGAUUGCACAGGCUGGAGCAUGGAUUAUCGCAGCAAUCGUCUGGGGAGCAGUCUUCUCGAAUGACCUAAUGCUCUUCUCCGCCCAUCCUCUCCUCAACUCCGCCGCCUUCCUCUUCUUUAUCCAAGGCAUCCUCAUCGUCCAGCCCACCCACACCCGCAAGCAAAAGAAACAAGGCACCUACGUGCACGCCGCCCUCAACGACGUCGCCCUCCUCUCCGCCAUCGCCGGCCUCGUCGUCAUCGAGUACAACAAAUUCGACCACGGCGGCAUCCACUUCGAAUCCCCGCACGCGAUCCUCGGUCUCGUCACAUACAUCCUUGUCCUGCUGCAGGCGUUCGUGGGUGUCACGCAGUACUUCACGCCAGCGCUGUAUGGAGGCGAGGAAAAUGCGAAGGCUCUGUACAAGUACCACCGUGUGUGGGGCUACCUUACCCUCCUGGUGAUGCUGGCGACGAUCUGUGCGGCGACGUAUACCACGUUCAAUGUGAAUGUGUUGGAGAUUCAGUUGUGGGCUGUGGUUGUUGCGAGCGUUGUUACGCUUGUGGGCAUUGUACCUAGGAUUCGGCUGUCGAAGUUGGGGUGGUUGGCUGGGAAGUAA